ACAGUGUUUCAUGAACGUUAUCCAUGUCAGGUAAAAACCAACAGCCGCUUACCCAGUCGUUGAGGUGUGGGGAAUCUGUCUGCCUAUCCAGGAAUAAAGCAUUGAUUACAUAAACCAGGUGUAGCGCAAAUGCUACGCUUCUGAGGACACUGACUGCAUCUGUUUAAGCUUCUCUUACUAAAUACAUGUAAGAAAACUUCUCUUUUGGAAGUGGACACUUGGAACUGAACUUACCAAUAGACACAUUUACAUAAACCAUUUUUCAAUGUUUCUCUUGAGGCAAAAAUUAUCAAAGCAGCGUGCUAGCCUGGACGUUGCCCCAAGAAUCACCAGACGGAUAUCCAGCUCUGAGGACUCGAAGCCGAAGACGCGUCGCAAGGCCAGUUGUGGGGAGAGUUUAUCGUCAGUGGACCGAAUUCGCAAGCACGCGACAAGGCACUUGGGCUGCAUCACCCUUAGUCUGGCCAUGAAGGGUCUGGAGGCGAUGCCAGAAGAACUGUGGGAGCUCCAAGAACUACAGAAGCUCAACCUCUCCCUGAACGGUCUCUCUGUUCUCCCGUCUGGUCUGGGAGCGCUGGAGAACCUCGAGGUGCUCAACUUGUGGGGGAACGAACUGGUCAGUCUACCGCCGCAGAUCGGACAACUCCGCAACCUUCGUGUUUUGUUCGCACACAGGAACCACUUGAGUGAAGUUCCUGAGGAGCUGGGCAGCUGUACCAACCUGGAGGUCCUGAGCUUGGCCAGUAACCAGAUCACGGGGCUUCCAAACAGCUUUUCCAGCUUGCAAAAACUCGCCAAACUCAACCUGAGCCACAACCGGAUCGAACACAUCCCGGCCUGCGUGUACAGCAUGAAGAGCCUUGUGUUCAUGCAUCUGGCCAACAACCGUCUGGAGAACAUCGCAGAUAAGAUCCAGGACCUGGUGAACCUCAAGAUCUUGAUUGUAGAGCAGAAUUUCCUCCAUGUUCUUCCCAGAACGCUGUGCUGUCUGACCAGGCUGGAACUCUUGAAUGUGGACUUCAACAAUCUCCAGAGCAUUCCUGACGAGAUGUACAUGCUCAGACGGUUGGAGAAGCUCGCUUGUCAUCCUCUGGAUAAAGGUUUGCAUAUUGUGCAUAAUCCACUGUUGAAACCCAUUCAGGAGGUUCUGCAGGGGGGUCUGAAAAGCCUGUAUAACUACCUCAAACCUGCCUAAAGAUCUCUCUCUCAAUCAAACAGAUUACAUAAAUCAAACAUAUAUAAUGUUUUUGUAAAAUGUAAAGCAUUGCACAAAGAUUUUGACUUUGUUAUAUGGUGUUAUGUGUGUGUACAAAUUAAGUAGAUCUUUUUCUUUGUUAAUUUAGUUUGAAACAGGAUUUGUGAAAUAAUGUUUUGUUAUUGUUAAUAUUUAAUGUUAUGUAUGAAUGUCUAUAUUGCUUUAAAAAUCAUUUGAUUUUAGGAGUGAACGCACUUAACUGCAUAGAGCGCUAUAAGAUGCUCCCUUGCUCCCUAUUUAGUGCAUGAUUAACCUCCAGUGUGCUGUCUGCACUGGUCUCAGAACAGUUAUAGAGAGCUAUAGGAUGCUCCCUUGAUCCCUAUUUAGUGCAUGACUUAACCUCCAGUGUGCUGUCUGUCUGCACUGAUCUCAGAACAGUUAUAGGAGAGCUAUAGGAUGCUCCCUUGAUCCCUAUUUAGUGCAUGACUUAACCUCCAGUGUGCUGUCUGUCUGCACUGAUCUCAGAACAGUUAUAGGAGAGCUAUAGGAUGCUCCCUUGAUCCCUAUUUAGUGCAUGACUUAACCUCCAGUGUGCUGUCUGUCUGCACUGAUCUCAGAACAGUUAUAGGAGAGCUAUAGGAUGCUCCCUUGCUCCCUAUUUAGUGCAUGACUUAACCUCCAGUGUGCUGUCUGUCUGCACUGGUCUCAGAACAGUUAUAGAGAGAUAUAGGAUGCUCCC